CUAAAGGAGUUGUUUAUUAGUAAGUUUGAUGAAGUGGAAACAUUGCCAGAGUGGGGUGUCUUUCUACACCGGUCUCGACAGACUUGCUAUACGGGAUUGUCCCAAUCUGGUCUCUAUUGCAGAGGGAGUUAUUGGCUGUCUUACUCAGUUGAAGAGGUUGUCCAUUGGUGGUUUCUCAAAAAAGUUGAAGGAAUUCCCGGGUCUGAAUUCCAUCAACACUUCCCUUGAACAGUUGGAAUUGUAUGGUUGGGAAAGGCUAAGUCAGUUGCCUGAUCAAAUUCAACACCUCACUGCUCUACGGUACUUGUGGGUAUCCGGAUUUGAUGGCGUGGAAGUCUUACCAGAUUGGUUGAGAAACUUAUCCUCCCUUGAAUGUCUAUGGGUUCGAAAGUGCAAGAAUCUGAAACAACUGCCUUCUGCGGAAGCCAUUCGACGACUCUCCAAAUUUCAUCUUCUUGACAUUCGUGACUGCCCCUUGUUAGAGGAAAGAUGCGCCAAGGAAAGCGGUCCUGAGUGGUCCAAAAUUUCUCACAUUCCAAACAUCUCCAUAAAUGACAAUCCCAUCUAAUCCCAAGAUUGAGGUUUGCGAGAGGCAACAGGCAUGGAAUUACUUUUCCCUUGAAAAAACAAAUACACUAUUUGCCUUAAAACACCAAACAGACCCUCAUCCAAGAAGCAAGCAAUAGCGCAGGAAUGGAAUAAAAGUAGCUUCAGCAAGCCGAAGAUGAUUCUGGUAUGCUUUUUAGAUAUUUUAUCAUGUGUCCUAAUUAUUAUUUGAGAACUGAGUGAGGCCUUAGUCUUACAGUAAACUUGCUUCUUGAAAAAUUUUGGAUCAUACAGGAUGUUCUUGGAGGUGCUCAAUUUUAAUCAAUUAGAAACAUACCU